AUGCUCCUGAGACCGGCCCUCCCCGUCGCCGUCAGUUCCACUCUCCCACUCAUCUCCCAUCUCGCCGCCGUCCGCCGUCGGUGCUCAAUCGCCGCCACGGGCAUGGCCGGAGUCUCCGCCGCCUCUCCUGCCGCAGCACAGAUCGGCAGCUUCCUCUCCAAGAAGCCCUACGCGCCGCCGUCCUGGGCCUCGCACCUCGCCCUCGCCCCAUCCCACACUUUCUCCCUUGGCCACUUCCCGACCCCGAUUCACAAAUGGAAUCUGCCAAAUCUGCCGGAGGGCACUGAAGUAUGGAUCAAGCGGGACGAUCUAUCGGGUAUGCAGCUGAGCGGGAACAAGGUCCGGAAGCUCGAGUUUCUGUUGUCCGAUGCCGUCGCGCAGGGUGCGGACUGCGUUAUCACUGUCGGUGGUAUCCAGAGCAACCACUGCCGUGCGACGGCGGUGGCUGCCAAGUAUCUCAAUCUUGACUGUUAUUUGAUACUGCGUACUUCCAAGCUUCUUGUGGAUCAGGACCCUGGUUUGGUUGGCAAUCUCCUUGUUGAGAGACUCUUGGGAGCGCACAUUGAUCUCGUCUCAAAAGAAGAGUAUGGGAAAAUUGGCAGUGUGGCUUUAGCGGACUUGCUUAAAAAUAAGCUUUUGGAGGAAGGACGGAAGCCAUAUGUGAUUCCUGUUGGUGGAUCCAAUUCACUUGGAACUUGGGGAUAUAUUGAAGCAGUAAGAGAGCUUGAGCAGCAAAUUCAGUUAUCUGGCGAUGUUCAGUUUGAUGACAUUGUUGUUGCCUGUGGCAGUGGUGGAACCAUUGCUGGUCUUGCUUUAGGAUCAAAAUUGAGUAGCUUAACGGCAAAAGUCCAUGCUUUCUCUGUUUGCGAUGACCCUGAAUACUUCUAUGAUUAUGUUCAAGGCCUGAUUGAUGGACUACAAUCUGGCUUGGAUUCACAUGAUAUAGUCAGCAUUCAAAAUGCUAAGGGCUUAGGUUAUGCCAUGAACACAGCCGAGGAGCUUAAGUUUGUUAAAGAUAUAGCUACUGCAACGGGCAUUGUGCUUGAUCCAGUCUACAGUGGGAAGGGAGCAUAUGCAAUGCUAAAAGACAUGGCCGAUAAUCCAUCUAAGUGGAAAGGGCGAAAAGUCCUCUUUGUCCAUACAGGCGGUCUUCUUGGGUUGUAUGACAAGGUUGAUCAGAUGUCAUCUUUGGCUGGGAGCUGGCGCAGAAUGGAUCUUGAAGAAUCAGUCCCGCGCAAAGAUGGCACUGCGGGUAUAUGCUUCGGCCAAGUGGAAAGGGCAAUAGCCAAUGGACAAAGAAAGCGAAAAGAAACCUGCUUGCAAAGAUCAGUGUGUGUGAUUGGGAUUGACGAUGCUUGUGUUCAUAUCUAG